AUGGCAGAAACCAUGAGGCAAACUGUUGCUACGAUAUUAAAAAGUAUCGAAAGGUACAACCCGGCCAACCUGCAAACAUUGGAGAGGUAUGUUGAAAUGCAGUCCAGGGAAAAUACCUAUGACUUGGAAGCUAACCUAGCUGUCUUAAAAUUAUAUCAGUUUAAUCCAGAGAAAUUCAACCCAGAUAUUACAUGCCAAAUUCUAUUGAAGGCGCUUACAAAUUUCCCUCAUACUGAUUUUACUUUGUGCAAAUGCCUGUUACUGGAGUCGGUUGUUGAGAAUGAAACAAUCUCUCAGAUUAAGUAUUUGGCGGAUAUAUUAGAACAAUGUGACUUUGCUCAGUUCUGGAAUAGAGUGCACCAAAUGCCUGAACUUUGCAAUCGCAUCAGCAGCUUUCAUGACUCAAUUCGAAAGUUUGUUUGUCACGUAGUUGGGAUAACUUUUCAGACUAUUGACAAAGCUAAUUUAGCAAAUCUGUUAGGAGGAAUUGAUGAUGUCACCUUAAAACACUGGGUUAAGAAAUAUGGAUGGAGGGAUGAUGGUAAUCUGAUAUUCAUUGCUAAUCAAGAUGAAAAUAUCAAGACCAAGAACAUAACAGAAAAAAUUGAAUUUGAUCAUCUUGCCCCAUUGAUGACAAUUUUGUAA